CGUAACAACCUGCACUACCUCAAUGACGGCGCUGACAUCGUUUCCACACUGCUGCUGCCGUGGUGAUCCAGAAUCUGUCAGCAGGAACUCAGAGUUUCUACCUGGAGCACACAGAUGACAUCCUCUGCCUGACCGUCAAUCAGCAUCCGAAGUACCAGAACGUCAUUGCCACCGGGCAGAUCGGCCUCGCCCCGUCCAUCCACGUGUGGGACGCCAUGACCAAGCAGACACUGUCCAUCCUGCGGUGUUCGCACGCUAAAGGCGUCGGCUACGUUAACUUCAGCGCUACAGGGAAGCUGCUGCUGUCUGUGGGGGUGGAGCCUGAACACACCAUCACAGUGUGGAGGUGGCAGGAAGGCACCAAGGUGACGAGUAAGGGCGGCCACACUGAGCGGAUCUUCGUGGUGGAGUUCCGGCCGGACUCUGACACCCAGUUCGUGUCGGUGGGAAUCAAACACAUCAAGUUCUGGACUCUGGUUGGAGGUUCGCUCAUGUACAAGAAAGGUGUGAUCGGCUCAGUGGAGGACGGCCGCAUGCAGACCAUGUUGUCCUGUUGCGUUCGGCAACAACCUGACAUUCACUGGCGCCAUCAACGAGACGUGUACGUGUGGCGGGAGCAUUUCCUGGUGCGCGUGGUGGCAAAGGCACACAGCGGUCCCGUCUUCACCAUGUACACCACUCUGAGGGACGGCCUUAUUGUUACUGGGGGAAGGAGCGACCUGGGUGAUGCCUAG